GAGGGAAAGCCAGUGGCAACCGUGUGGCUCAGGUCGGUGGGGGGCGAUGGAGGGAUCCCCCCGAAGCGACGUCGACCGCCUGUGCAGCGCCGCCGCCCGCGGGGACCACGAAGAGGUGAAGAAGCUCCUGGACUCAGGCGUGGAUCCCAACGGGACCAACGCCUUCGGGAGAACCCCGCUCCAGGUGAUGAUGCUGGGCAGCCCGCGGGUGGCCGAGCUGCUGCUGCGGCGCGGAGCCGACCCCAAUCGCCCCGACCCGCGCACCGGCUGCCUCCCGGUUCACGACGCGGCCCGCGCCGGUUUUCUGGAGACCCUGGCUGUGCUGCACCGGGCCGGGGCGAGCAUCCACCUACCCGACGGCCGCGGCCGCCUGCCCCUCGACGUGGCGGCGGGGGGCCCGCACGGAGCGGUGGGGCGAUACCUGCGCGACCCUCCGUCCCUUCCAGGAGCCGCGGGGGCCGCCGAGAAGGCUGAGCGCUGACCCGCCCCCGGCCGUCCCGCUGAGUUCUUGUCCCCUCGUCCCCUGCAGCCCCCCUCCCCCUUGAGUAUCCUGCCGCUGAGUCACCACGGUUGGCGGCGCUCCUGAUACCCGACUGCAGUUGUGUCCAGUGCGUCCUGGGCAUUCUGGCUCCGCCGUCUGCUGCUCAAUUUCCUAAGAAAAAGAGGAAAAAAAAUCCAAAACUCAAUCCGUAUUAGCGCUCCUGCUUCUCCCUCUCAUGCUCUCCAGCGGGCAGAGCACUACCAGUAGACGGCUCUUUUGUGCUCUAGGGGGGGAAAAAAAUUAAAUGUUCGCCUUCCCCCCCCCCCUCCCUUUUUUUUUUUUCCUUUUUUCUUUUUACAGUAAAGCUGCUUAGAGAAGUGAGAAUGCUGUACUUCCCUUACUGGCCUGCUCACUGCCCUGCAAAUCUUUGUAUUUUAGUUAUUCCUUGAGAUCUUUUUAUGUUGUCGCACUCUGAAAGAGUUACGAAACACUUUAGCUAUAUCACUGACAAAUUUAAUUAAUCCCCAGAUCUUCUCCCCUCACCAGCCUACUCAACACACAGUUUUAACAUCGAGAUAUAACAGUGAAUGAAUGGUAAAAAAUUUAAUGCUGAUCAACAUUACAGUUUGGGAACUACAAACAUUUUGUGUAGCUGUAUUCACAGAAAUUCGUGUGAGAAAACAACAGGCAAUCAAUUAGUUACUGCAUCUUUUUCUGCAUUUAGAGACCCCAUUUGCUCUGAAGAUAGGGAAAACAAGCUUCUUCCUUUUAGACAUCUUUCUGGGUCUCUAAACCAGAUAUUUGGAAACAACAGCAAAUUACUGCAUUUGGUUAUAAAUCUGGAUCAUUGCAAACUUUCGGUUUUUGUUUUCUGUUUUUCCUAUGUAAUUUCUAUCAUUUACUCAAUGCACAUACCACUUAUGCAUGAUGAAAUAUCUGCUACUAUUCAGUAA